ACUGCCUGAUAUUUUAUUUCAUUGCAUUUUUUUACUUCCACUCACCUUUUUCUGCACUUUUAUUUUUAUCCUUUGCCAUCCCAAUUUUCAAAAUUCAUCUCGAAUUCAGCCCCCCCCCUCGCUUUCUUGAAUUCAUCGCUUGUUCUCUGAUAACCACAAUCACCAACACCUGACCUGUAUUAUAUUGUUUAUUUUGUUUGAAAUGGACCCGCUCGGCGCGCUGCAGCCCUAUGUCGCCCAAGCCUCAACCUACGCCUUCCCGCUACUCGUGACCAGCGUCCUCUUAUACUAUGCGGCCACCACCGCAGGAGGUGCCUGGAGACAGCGCCAGAGGGCCAAGAAGCAAGUGACAGAGGAGCAGAAGCGGCGGGAAUUGUAUGUUAAAAGGGCACAGCAGGCAACGCAGCAGGACAACCAAUCGGACAAGACAGAGAAGAAAUUGGAGGAUGACGGUAAUCAUGGGCGCUCCUCUGGGUUGCGCCCAAGAUUGCCGGCGAGUACCGCUUCCUCUGGUGGUUUUGGAAGCAGGGUGGUGACUAUGGAUGACUUGCGUUCACGGGUUACAGGUCCCAGCAGGGCUUGCUCUAUUGGCGGUGGCGGCUGCUGCGGAUAAAAAACAAUAUGCGCUAUUUCUUUCUUUUCUCCAUUUUUAAUAAAUGGCAUGAAUGCGAGGAUAUAAAUGCCAGUCAAAACACGCCAUUAAAAGCGAUUUUAAACACCAUUUUCAAACAUAUAAAAAUGAUAUUAGCAAAU